GCCAUGGUGUAUGCUUUACCUCCAAUAAAUCAACUUCUGCAGUUGGCCCAAAACGAACAGGUUGAAGUAUUGAAUCAUUUAUUUGAGCCGUGCUCCACAUUAUCUGCAUUCAUUAUAAAAAACGUCUUGCCAGAUCAAAACUUUCAAUCGUAUAAAGACUUCAUAGAGACAGUGAGAUCAAAGCUUCUUUCAUUUCUCCAUUCGGAAGAGAGUAAAGCCAAUGAUAUAAGUCCAGAUAUUUCUAAAAUCAUUGCAGCUCAUCCAAGAUUGGGCCCUGCUAAAAAAACUGGAACAGAAUUGUCAAGCCAUUCAUCAAGCGAACAAAAAUCCUUACAGGGAUCUGAGGAGGAAUCUGCAAAGCUUUUGCAGUUGAACGAAGAGUACGAGGCAACGUUUCCUGGCUUGAGAUAUGUGGUUUUUGUCAAUGGAAGAUCAAGAGAGCUGAUUAUGAGUAAUAUGAAACAAAGAAUUCAACGGGGAGAUAUAACUUUGGAACGAAAAGAAGCCUUCAAUGCCAUGUGUGACAUUGCCUGGGAUAGAGCAAAGAAAUUGGGUGCUAAGCUUUGACCUCGAAUGUUUAUAGAUAUUAAUAUUAACUUUUAAG